CCGGAACUUGUUUUCCAAAGUUGGCAAGAUUGGCCCAAGUCGGCCUUAGUUCCCUUGGAUGUGCGGCUCGCCACCGUGUCCCUUCUCUGCAACUUUUCGACUCGACAUCAUAAAGCGAGCCUAUCCGCCUAGCCGGCGGGCUAUGAGUGUUUAACAUGCCAUUUGUAAAGGGUGGACUUGCUCAAUUGUUCAAUGCGGUCUCCUAUUAUGGACUGAUCUCAUCUUUGGCGGUGCAGGUUGCUGCAGGAGGCAACUCGGCGAGUGCCUCUCAAGGUGGAUAUUUUCACGGACAGCCCAUGCCGGUUACAUGCCUGAAUCGGACAAUUGACUCCGGCGAACAUAUUACCGACAGUCUCGGCAAACUCCAAUACAUUCCAUUCCCAACCUGCAAGGAGACCUCCCUCCCCCUCGCCCUUCGUUACGGUGUUACGGAGACAGUUAAUUGCACCAUUGACAACGUUUCCGAUGAGCUUUACCACCUCCUUGAGUAUUAUGUCCACUCUGAUGUGCCGAUGAACUGCCGCGUGCCUACGGCACCCCUCUUGCCGCCCACAUCUUCGCGUUCGGAUGACAAGGCACAUGAAGGCGAGGCCGUAGGCACCGAGCUUUCUGCUCUUGGUGAGGAAGGCCCUCCGUAUACUCCAAUUACCUUUGCGCUGCAGGGGACGUUGCAGCGCAGUCAUCUUCAUAUCUGGACAGAUAUGAAUGUGCUCAUGCACAACAUCGUCUCGACGCCAAAGAAGAAUAAACGGAAGGCCAAGAAAGCAGCGCCGGGAUAUGCUGUGGCUGGUACUGCAUACUCGGUUCCUGAGUUCGAAUUGUCCUUUCUCAAUGGCAAGAAGAAGGUUUCCGAUGAGGAGAAGGAGGCAGCUGCAGUGGCCGAGGCUGCUCGUGAGCCUUGGACAGCGGGGCAUGGCACGAAAGUCGUUCGUGAGCAGCCUCUCACCUUCACUUUUCAUGUGAGUUGGGUUGAAGGUGGAGGAGGCAUCGGAUGGCCAGCCCGGGGGUCUGCUGCUAGCGAGUUGUCGGGCGGAACAGGUUUCUUCUCGAAGCUGUUUUUCUUCGUUCUAGCUGCAUCAUUGGGAGCAGCCAUGGCCUUGUAUUGGGAACGGACUCGGCGACGGGGCUGGCGAGGCGAUGGGAUUCUCGGUAUUCCAUCUCGGGGAAAGGGGUCGGUUGGCGUUAUGUAUGGGAAUGGCGGAAAAUCAAAUGGUUAUGGGGGGUAUUCCGCCAGCAACGUCUCGAUGACAGGGAACGGAGGAGGGUAUGGGUACGGGGGGUUCACAGCUGGGAAGAAAGAUUAGACUGCGGUAGAUAUAGACGUAUCUAGUACUGACAGUAACUGGAUAAAGAUCCCAUUCUGA